AUGUCGCGUCAACUCCCAAUCAGUCAAUACAGGGCCGGCGGUGGUCAUCCCACUGGCCAGCGCAGUGGAAUUGAAGAGAGCCUAGAGGAAUCAUUCCUCAGCCAUUUCAGCCAGCUCUUCAACAAAUAUGCAGGAGUCAACGGCAAAUGGAGCCGAGAUCAAAUCAGCCUCUUCAUGCAUCAUGUCCAGGUCGAACAUCCUGAAGGUCUGGCUACUUAUCUUGUCGACAAAGAAGAGUUGGGCCUUCACGAACUGAUCAAAUAUUUGACUUCGCCAUGCGGCAACAUCCUCGAGAUGGCGCCUCCUCAGGACUUGUCGUGGCCGUUGAGUAACUACUUCAUCAGUUCAAGCCACAACACCUACCUCACGGGCAACCAGCUCUCAAGCGACUCCAGCACCGAAGCAUACAAGGAUGCUCUAUUGCGCGGCUGUCGUUGUAUCGAGAUCGAUGUGUGGGAUGGCAAAGAGCUUUGGAAGCAUGAUUGGGACUCGGAGGAUGGGAGUGAGCACAGCCAGAGAGAUUCUCCUGUUGAUACUGCACCUAGAAAGAUGGGCUUCAAGGACCGAGCCUUCAUCAAGUUCGGCAGAUGGGCCAUGAACAAGUUUGAUCCCGUUGAUCCGGAAGGACAAACCUUCGACGACAGACUUGCGUCCAUGCUUCAUAUAGAACCACGGGUUCUCCAUGGAUUUACGUUGACUAGAGAGGUACUCUUCCGCGAUGUCUGCCAAACGGUCCGGGAGCACGCCUUCACCACUUCUGAGCUACCCCUGAUCGUCAGUUUGGAAGUCCAUUGUUCCGCGAUGCAGCAGGUUGCCAUGGUAGACAUCAUGGAAGAAAUUUGGGGUGAUUUUCUACUACCCGCCCCGGAGACAGAGCCCACCUCUCUUCCCUCUCUAGAGCAGCUGCGGAAGAAGAUCCUAAUCAAAGUCAAAUACGUACCAGAGGGAAAAUCUGAAGAUGCAGCGGCCAGCUCCGGGGACGAUGAAAGCAUGCUCGAAGUUGUCGUGGAGGGAGAACAUAGGAAGACAAAAAAGGUGCCACCACCAAAGAUCACCCACCGCUUGAGUCGUCUUGGCAUCCACACGCGUGGCAUCAGCUUCAAAUCCCUCGAGGACUCUCACGCAAAAAUGCCAAAUCACAUCUUUUCGCUUUCGGAAAAUGCAGCAUUUGCGGUUCAGAGACAGAUGCCCAAGGCUUUGUUCUCUCAUAACAAAGAGUUCCUCAUGAGGACAUAUCCACAUGGCAUGCGCGUUGACUCAUCGAACUAUGACCCUGUCAUCUUCUGGCGCGCAGGCGUACAGGUCGUGGCACUCAACUGGCAGUCAUGGGAUCUGGGCAUGGUUCUGAACGAGGGAAUGUUUAUGGGGUCAGAUGGAUACGUCCUAAAGCCCGAGGGCUACCGUCUGGAUAGAAUCACCAAGCGUGGACACCGUAAUGCUAUGGAACUCAACGAGACAGAGAGCAUCAAGAGCAAGAUACUGGAAAGGGUGGCCAUUACUGUAGUGGCGGCACAGAACCUUCCACUGCUAGAUCCCAAUGAUGACCCUGCGAAGUUCAUUCCCUAUGUCAAGAUCGGACUACACACUGAGCCAGAUGCAAUGGAGGCUAUGGUCAGUGAGGAGGCUACAUCUGAGCAGGUCGCUCAGAUCGGUUAUAGUGGGGAGACUUGCAAGAGUAAAGGAACCAGCCCUGACUUUGGCGGCGAGACGAUCGAGUUCCUCAACAUUAAGGGUGUUGUACCCGAGUUGACCUUCCUAUCGUUCAGGGUCAUGGCUGAUGUGCCUGGGCCAGACGUGAUGGCUGCAUGGUCGUGCGUUCGUCUGGACAGACUGAGGCUAGGCUACCGGUUCCUCAGGGUGCUGGACCGAAAUGGUAUGCCGAGCAAGGGAAUUCUCCUUGUCAAGACGGCGAUUCGAGAGGCUAGUUGA